ACCCGUACAUCCAGACACACAGGUCGACACAAAUAGGUCAAAAUUUUAUAUCGCCUUAUGAUACACAGCACCUACAUUACACACCUUUGCAAAAAAACACCACCAAACCUCUGCCAUGUCAUAAAUAUGGGUCAAUGUACGACACGCCCCCCACCCGACUACCUCGUAUUGAACCAAAUCCAUCAGCACAUUUUACCACAAGCAGGCCGUCAUCUCCUUUGGGAAUGACAGUAUUGUCCACAACAUGGUCAAUGUGUACGUCUGCAAUGGACAAUGUCAUACCGGUAACUGACCAUCACAAUGUUCAGCCACCACAGACUUCACAAGCUUCAAGUAAUAGGACACUCCCAGCUCCAAGUCCGGAGGUAUUAGAUGUACUACGCGGACUAAUGCGACCAGAUGUACAGUGUUACCUAACAAAAUUAGUCGAAGCAUUUACAGACGGACAACCGGAUAACACAGCCUUCCAGGUAAACAAGACACGACGACCUCUCUAUAUUGACCAGCACAUCAGCAACGAAACUGAAGAACAUUUAGAUACUCUUCCGCAGGACUCCGCCCCACAGAUGGUCAACAUGAAUGACAGUAUGAUCUCACUGCAAAGGACAUGCGGCAAAUCGUCCAUCAGAAGGCACCCCGCAAAUGGCAAAACUUCUCGAUGAUUCGGAUGUCAUGGUGUCCAAGGAUGGCUUAAGGAAAGCAGUGUCCACAGCAAAAAAGAGCAAUAAGCCGGGUUUUACUCUCUGUCAUAAAUUGCUCGCAGAGCUGUUUAACUUGGAAGAACUUGCUGCCUCUCGAGGAUAAGGCAUUGGAAAUACCAAAGACAAGGAAAAACCAGUCCUCGAUAAAGUCAGGACUCAGGCCCUCAAAAAUUACGUUGUGAUAUGGUGUCAUAACAACGACCAUGCUGCACCAAGCGAGCAAACGCUGAACAGUGCAAUAACAGAACGAAUUUGUUAUGCAAGAAAACAGUGUGUUAAACAAAUGACUUGGUGAUUUAUAGUUGUGUACCAGUAAUAUAUUAUAUGUAAAUGUAUAUAAUAUUGCGGAAUAAAUUCCAAACUGUAAGUAUUUGUUUAUAUCUUAUUUAUUAUUACCACCACCAUAGUAUGAUAUAUGUUUACCAUUUACAGGUAUGAAUAGUAACCUCUGAUGAUCAAAUGUAUAUUAUACGGGUACCAUUUCCAUGUAACAUGGUUCGAGUCAAUUGAAUUGAUUAUAACGAUGAAGAUCAGGAUUUUCAUUGCAGUAUUCCUAAAGCAAUUAUUAAGUCAAUUUGAACAUUGAUUUAAAUGUAGCUUUAAGGACUUUAUUCUGAUGACAUGGGUAUUUAUAGAACUCUACCACUCAAGGCCGUAUACGUGGAUAUGCUGUCAUAUUGUGUAAAGUACUGACCUUAACUUGGAUAUUUAGCAGACUGAGAUAUUAGAGCAAAUAAAAAGGGCGGGUAGCUAAGGUUGUUAUAAUAAUUUUUUAUGCAGUCCAUUAUUUAAUGGAUUCCGUGACACUUAAGGCAUUGGCGUAUUCAAUAUCUAUAAUUAAUAAACAUUAACAUCAGUCAUCAAUAUUUAUAAUCGUUUAUAUUUUGUGUAAUUCAUAUUAGUAUAUGCUGUAAAAAAAAAAAAUUAAAUCAAUAUCAAUUUUUGUAUCGUUUACGUUUAUUUAUGCACUCUAGCAAAUAUUUCAUACGCGGAUAAAUUGUGGUCAGAUUCCCCGUGGAAUAGACAGCUGGAUUCAGAUGCGAGAUGCUAAAAAAAUUACGGGCCGAAUCGAUAAUUACAGCCAGGUUUUGAAUGCGAGAAACUUGAAAAAUUACGGCCGGAUUCCAGGUGGAAUCCAUAUUACAGCCAGUAAGAUUCUGAAUGUGAGAAGCUUGAAAAAUUACAGCCGGAUUCCGGGUGGAAUCAAUAUUACAACCAGAUUCUGAAUGCGAGAAGCUUGAAGAAUUACGGCCGGAUUCCAGGCGGGAUUAAUUUUUACGUUCUUUUUCCGGCCAGAACUCAUUUAAAUAAUUAGGCCCAAAUUCCGGUUGAUAUACGUACGUUUGACGCCCGUGAACCUCAUAUCUUCUUAAAAGUGAGAGAAUAUGAAACUGCCAGAUUCCGACCAGAAAAGUAUAAGGAAACCCUGCCCAAUUACGACUCUCUUACGGGCGGAAAAUUUCGUACGGGAAAAUUCAUUCUGAUCUGAACUGUGGUUAUGUAGAUAUAGAAAUAGUUUGCAAACUUUUUGAUCAACCCUCGUGUUUGACUUUUCCAGGUACCCGAUACAGUUAUGAAGAUCUGUGAGGCGAGGGACUCACUGAACAACACCCCGACAUCCUGGGUAGCUGGGGGAGGGGGAGGUGGUGGAGGGGCAUCCUUUAUUUUCAAGGUCAGUGAGAAUUUUUUGUCAACAUGUAACCACUUUUAAAAGCUAGGCAAGAUUAUUAACAAUUUUUAAAUAAGAGAGAUGCAAAAUAGUAAACUAAAAGAGUUCUUGCUAUAUAAAACAUUUUCUAAGAACAUUUCAAUCCAAUUUUUGAGACAUGUUAUAUUAGAUAUUCAAGUUAAUAAUUGAAUAUGUCUCAAACUUUGGUCAGAUUAAUUUUACAGGAUCAGGGGCCUAUUUUACAGAAGUUCUCACGGCUAAAAUCAGUAUUUUAAGGUUGAUCAAGAAUCUGUUUAAACUUUGGGAAAAUAUGGAAGCAUAUAUUUACUUCAUAAUUUCUGUAGAUUUGUCUUUUAUGAUAAUUGCAUUUGUAAAAAAUGCAGCAUUGAAAAAAGGAAAUAUGCAUAUUUUAUCCACUGACUAAGUCAUAAAUUAUAUAUUUACAAUGUUUCAGGAAAUUUGUUAAAAUUAUGUUAUCGUGUAUUAUUCAUUGGCAUGUACAAUUACUUGUAUGCAUGUAAACAAAAUUAAAAACAAGGUCAGUUUAGUAGGUUUGAUGGAAUACACCAAGAUUUAGGGGGUUGAGAAAAAUGUAAAAGAUAUCAUUCAACAAACUUAUUUAGUAAAAGAAACAAACAUACUGUGCAUUACAUUGAUAAAUAAAAGAUGAUACAAGCUCUGGGCUAAUUGAGAGAAAGAAAUGAGGAUGAAGAAUUAUUUCAAAUGCAUGAUGGAUCACGUUCUUCAUGUCGGUAACCAGUUUUCUUUAUAAAAUCAGAACAUUAAUAAAUGCUCAUAAGUGAUGCCAGAUUUUGAUACUGUAAAUCAACUUUUAUUCGUGGUGACUUUAUUUCUCUAUUCACCUGUGGUAAACUGGUUCACAAAAAGUAUUUUUCACAAUCGAGCCUUUUUCGAGUAUAUGACAGACAUUCAAGGACUGGUUCGUGACGAGAAAUAUUCGCUACGACAAAGUUCUCGCAAAUCUCGCGAAAUUUUCUCGCACACAAAUAAAAGUAGGUUUACAGUAUGCUGUGCGUUAAUUAUUGAACAUUGCUAAAACAAUAGAUAUAAAAGUAGUUAAUGUUAGAGGUGUUCAUGGUGUAAUUGAUCUAAAGAUACUCUGUGGAAUUCAGAACGAAAAACAUGAUAAAAGAUUACCUUAAACCAAGCACAGAUUUCUUAGAUAAUGAGUUAGGUAGAGAACAAAUAGGAAACAUGAUUAUUUAAGAAUUGAUUUUUAGUUGAAAAUUCAGACAAAUUGGAUUUAAUGCACUAAAUGUGACAAUAUUUUUUUCAAAGUUUUGAUAUAUGGGUAAUGAAGGCACAUUUUUCUUUCUUGUGUACAGCUAAAAUUGGAGUCUAGAAAACUUUAAUCAUUUGGGACUGUAGCAUACAAUGGUCAAAUUACAACCACCAUCCCCAAAAGGGACAUUUGAUUGCUCCCACGGGGGAGGGGGGGGGGGGCAUUUUUCAAAAGUUAAUUUAUUUCACUAAUUACUGAAUAAACAGCCAAUUUUGUACUUAGCUUUUGAAUUCAAAGAUAGUAUUAAUGUGACUGAAAUCUUGAACAAAUUUUCUAAAGGUCUUCAGCGAGAUAAAUUUGUAACACUGUCAGUUUAGGACAUAAUACGGAGUCAACCAGGGUAAGAAAUGGAAAUCCAGAUUGGGACCACACCUCGUCUUUGCCCAAUACGGAUUUCCAUAUCACACCUGGAUAACUCUGUAUUACGUCACAAACUGACUGUAAAUAAGAUAAUCUUUUGAUGCGUGUGUGUAUGGAUUUUGGGAGUAUGUGAAAAGUUAAUUACGAGUUAAACCGUGAUUUUGUUUUUGCUCACCUGAGCUGAAAGCUGAAGUGAGCUAUUCUGAUCACCUGUUUUCCAUCUGUCUGUAAACUUUUCUUAUUUUCAUCGUCUUCUCCAGAACCACUGGGGCCAAUUUCAAUCAAACUUGACACAUCAUCCAUGGGUGAAGGGGAUUCAAAUUCCUUCAAAUGAAGGACCAUGCCCUCUUCAAAGGGUAGAUGAUUACGAAAAUGCGAAAUUAAGAUGGGGUCAUUUAGAUUUACAUGAAAGCUUCCUGACAUAGUGCAGAUUCAAGUUUGUUCAAAUCAUGGUCCUUAGGGGUAGGGUGGGCCAGUGAGGUCUGUAUUUUCCCAGACUGGUUGUAUUUCCCUUUGACUUUAGCAGGCCACUUGCCUAGAGUUGGAUCGAGGGAUUAUAAUUUGAGAUACUAGAUGAAACCCACUCAUUGAGCACGGGAAAUCACAAUUAGAUACAUGUAAUAUUGCAUAGAGAAAGGACUUUUUUAAUGCGUGUUUGAAUUGUUGUGUGAAUGAACGAUAUUUUUACUUCAAAUGAAUUGAAGAACAAUUUUUGAAUAAUUGCAUGCAUUAAGGUAUGUUAUAUCUAUUGAUAUCAUAUACAGUAAAUAAAACUUAAUUAUUAGGAAGUCACUAGGAGCUCCAAAUUAAAUGUUCCUUAUGUAAAAUAAAUGAUCAUAUAUAUACAUUUAUAUUGUAAUUUCUCAUGUACAUCAUUAUGUGGACUUUAUCUUGUACCUUAAAGGAGAAGGCUUACAUGGGUACUGCCUGCUGUCUAAUCCUUAUUAUGUUAUACUUAAUAAAGUACUGUUAAAAAAAACUAAGAAAAUUUAAAAAACAAAACAAAACAAAAACCAGAAAUGAUCUCUCUCUAUAUUGAAAAUUAGGUAAUGAUUUUAUGAAUGCAAUUGUAAUCCGUCAUGCUGAAUAGUUGACCAAAGACAAAAUUCCAUAUUGGGAAUGUGUUUAUAAUGGUGAACUUCCCAGAACGGAGAACAGUCCCAGACAAUUCAAUAUCGGACAUAUUGGACAGUUUUUAGCUCAUCUGAGCUGAAAGCUCAAAUGAGCUUUUCUGAUCGCCUUUUGUCCGUCUGUAAACUUUUUACAUUUUCGACUUCUCCAGAACCACUGGGUCAAUUUCAACCAAACUUGGCAAAAAGCAUCCUUAGGUAAAGGGCUUUCAAGCGUGUUCAAGUGAAGGACCAUGCCCCCUUCAAAGGGGAGAUAAUCACAAAAAUGCAAAUAGAGGGCCAGGUCAUUUAAAAAUAUUCUAAAGAAUUUCUGAGCCAGAAGAGCCAUACAUGCCAACUUUCCCCGAUUUGUGUGGGAUUCUCCCGGUUUGAAGCAGUUGAAAAGGCAAAUCCCGAUAUCCCGAUCGGAAUUGCAAAAAUACUCCGAAAUCCCGAUUUUCUAAAAAUAUCUCCCCUUUUAUGACAACAACCCCCCCAUUUCCAACCGGAAUUUGAAAUCCCGCGUCAUUUCUGAACUGGCCAAUCAGAAAUAGGGACAAUAGUCAGCCAUUGCUGUUUACCUGUGUCGCAUGGUAUCGGGGUGGUGUAAUUUGCCUGUGUCGGGGUGCUUAUCGGACAGUGCGAAGCAUGUUUUGAUAGUAAUGAAUCGGGAAGACGGAUUUCAAAUUGACAUAUCCUUUACACAAACGUGAAUGGAGGAUUGACAACGAUGAUAGUGUCACCACAUAACAAUCGGACAUUCCCGAUUUUUGCCUCUCGCUGACAGCAUCCAAAAUAUGCAAUAAGGUACGUCAAAUAUAUAUUUUCCAACUAUAAUGAUAUAGGCUAUCUGAAUCUAUCUGUCUAUAGCGAUGUAUUAUAUAGUCUAUAUAGUGUAGUAUUCAAUAGACUUUGUGAUGCGUAAUUCGCACAAGUCUGUACUGAAUUUUAUAUUAGCAAGUAGCCUUAAUUUACAAGUAAAAACGUAUAUUUUGAUGUGGGUUUUUUUCCUGGUAAUUAUUUCAGAUGUCAUGGGUGCAAAGGUUUUGUUUGCCAACUUCAUAGCAGGGCAGAUCACUCCUUUUCAGGUUGCAAUGCAGAUUGUUCCACCAGACUCUGCAAUCCAAGCAAGAUCGCCUUUGUAGUCGUACCUAAAUGCAUGUGCUUUAAUUUAAAUUUAGAUAUAUAGACCAGCCAAUGUUUAUAUGGUGUAAAAGGAUGCAACUUUAAGUAUUAUUUGAUAAUAUGUAUGUGACUUGUUGUUGGAGAGGAUUUUUUGCUGAAUAUUUUAAUAAAAUAUUUAUUUUAAAGGUU